UUGUGCAAUAGCCGAUAUCGUAUCGCGAAAUGGGAAUAUGCUAGGUAUAACAAUGUAACUAGGGAGUAUGUUUAAUCAAUUAUUAUAAGUACUUAGUUACAUUGUUCCUGCAAGGAAUUUUAAAGACUUGAGAGCAGUAGUCAAUCGUAAUAAUUCCAUAAUGAACGAUAUAGAACUAGAAAAUCUAAGGACGGAAUUAGAGCACGAGAAUUCUUGCAGAGAAUCAGCAGCAUGGCAGAAUGGUCAAUUGGAGAAGCAGAUAGUUUGUAUGCAGGAAGAGUUGCGCAAGGCCGACUAUCCCUGGGACCUGGACGACGAUCUACAACGAGAGAGCAUAAGACACAAGCAGCUGCUUGAGGUGAUUGAUACAUUAAAAGAACAGUUGCCUCUAUUGAAGGAAAAAAUCAAGAACGCGAAAGUUUGUGGACCAGAUUGUAAAUUAAAACAUGAUGACCUGAAUAUCAAUUUGGACAUACUAACCCCUGCCGAGUUACUGCGUACCGUAAAGCGAUUCGAACGGCUCAAAACAGAUCUAAUUAGUACAUUACGUAGCAAGGAAUGGAGACUGGAUUCGGAAUCGAAGCUCUUCGUGAGAGUUAACGACCAAAGGACGUAUUUGCAAAAUGAACUGAUGAUAUGUCAAAAUAAUAUAAUGCGUUUGCAAAAGAAUGGACCAUAUUUCAAGAACGUGCCACGUAAGCCUGACGAAAGAGUUUUGGACCCUAAACGUGGACCGAUAAAGAAAAUAUUUGGCAACGAACGCCUUCCUCCUUUGGUUACAUAGUUCAAUAUACUUAGGUACUAACAAAACCAAUAGGAGCACACUCUUUUAGCCAAAUCUGCAACCGUCUCGAAGGACUAUUUAAAAUUAAGUAACACGUCACGUAUUUAUAAUAGCAGUAGAGAUUUUAGUAUAUAACGAAAUUAAAAAUAUACUUUUAACAAACAUUUUUAAGAAAAAAGAAAA